UCUGAAAUUUGAGAAAAAAGAUGCGCAUGGUACUUGAGUAAAUACCUUACUUCAGUUUCUGUUGUGAUAAUCAGAUGUUCUCUUUUUUUCUUCUCCACAGUUUGUGUGUCUGGGUGGGACGCCCAGACGCAUGGAGCAAUUCGCUCACUUCCUCAUGGUGGAGCUGGACUUGAAAUUACCCACUGGGACCAUGUUGAGUGACAUCAGUCAGCAUUCGUACCGGUAUUCCAUGUACAAGGUCGGACCCGUGCUGUCCAUCAGUCACGGAAUGGGAAUGCCGUCCAUCAGCAUUUUGCUCCACGAGGUGAUCAAGUUGUUGUACCAUGCCAAGGUCGUGAACCCGGUUUUCUUCCGGAUCGGAACCUGUGGCGGGAUCGGAAUCGACGGCGGGAACCUUAUCGUCAGCACUGAAGCUGUCGACGGCGAGCUCAAUCCUUUCUACGAACUGACAGUUUUGGGGAAGAAAGUUCGUAGGCCUGCUGAAUUGGACGCUGAAUUGGUGGACGAGUUGAUGGAAUUGGCAAAUCCUGAUGAUCCGUGGCAAACGGAAUGCGGGAAAACCAUGUGUACCAACGAUUUUUACGAAGGCCAAGGUCGAAUGGACGGAGCAUUUUGUAAAUUUACGGAGGAAGAUAAAAUGGAUUUCCUUAAAAUGAUACGGAAUGAAGGAGUGGUGAACAUGGAAAUGGAGUCACUCGCAUUUGCAGCCCAGUGUCAAUAUGCCAAGAUAAAAGCUGCAGUUGUUUGUGUGGCUCUCCUCAACCGGCUUCAUGGUGAUCAGCACGGAAUGGGAAUGCCGUCCAUCAGCAUUUUGCUCCACGAGGUGAUCAAGUUGUUGUACCAUGCCAAGGUCGUGAACCCGGUUUUCUUCCGGAUCGGAACCUGUGGCGGGAUCGGAAUCGACGGCGGGAACCUUAUCGUCAGCACUGAAGCUGUCGACGGCGAGCUCAAUCCUUUCUACGAACUGACAGUUUUGGGGAAGAAAGUUCGUAGACCUGCUGAAUUGGACGCUGAAUUGGUGGACGAGUUGAUGGAAUUGGCAAAUCCUGAUGAUCCGUGGCAAACGGAAUGCGGGAAAACCAUGUGUACCAACGAUUUUUACGAAGGCCAAGGUCGAAUGGACGGAGCAUUUUGUAAAUUUACAGAGGAGGACAAAAUGGAUUUCCUUAAAAUGAUACGGAAUGAAGGAGUGGUGAACAUGGAAAUGGAGUCCCUGGCAUUUGCAGCCCAGUGUCAAUAUGCCAAGAUAAAAGCUGCAGUUGUUUGUGUGGCUCUCCUCAACCGGCUUCAUGGUGAUCAGGUUGCAUCUCCCAAAGAAGUUCUGGAAGAAUGGCAAACAAGGCCCCAAAAGCUGGUUGCUCGUUACAUCAAGAAGCAAUUAGGAAUUGGAGAUAAGUUAUUGUCACCUUUGGAGACAAUGACCCCAGUGCCUUCCAGAGAAAAGUUCAACCAUGCCAUGGUGUCUCCUAGGAAACUCAGGCUGGUCACACAGGAGUCCAUGUCAUAUGAAUGACAGGAUGAACAUCAGUAGUUUUUACUGAACCAUUGCGAGAUCUUUAUGUUGCUCUUUUUGUUGAAUCUUUGGUAUACUUGAGUUGAGCAAGAGUUACAGCAAACACACUAUAUAUAAGCAAACAUUUUUUUCUAUGUUUUCUCCUAUUUUCUACCAUUGUUCAACUUCACUUUUUGUUCCUGUAGGAGUGAUUUGAUUUUGAUGAGCUAUGAAAAUAUUUUCCUGUGGGAAGUUUGCUGAUUUUCUUUCCAAGUUUUUUUUUUUUUAGAAUUUUCUGUUUGAAUGUGAUUGAGCAUAGUUGCAAGUGUGAAUGAGGA